AUGUCAAAAUCACCGAAAUCAACUAGCUCUACCGAGUUAUCUAAUGAUAAUGUAGUAGUGGCCAAUAGUCUGAAAGACUAUGAAGAACCAGUAAAGAAAGAGGAAAAAUAUUUCGAAAGUAAUGCUGGGGAUGGUACUAAAGCAAGUGAUCAAUAUGUCACUGGUAUAAGAUUGGUAGUAACUUUAAUCAGUUGUGUUGCCAGUUUAUUCUUAGUGGCUUUAGAUCAAACUAUUGUGUCUACCAUCUUAACUCAAGUGGGUAAUAAAUUCAAAGAAUUUGAAAAGAUUGGUUGGUUAACUUCUGGUUUCUUAUUACCAAUGGCUACUUUAGCUCCAUCUUAUGGUAAAGUUUCUAUUGCUUUCGGUAGAAAGUAUACUCUUAUGGUAGGUAUUGUCAUCUUUGAACUUGGUUCAUUGAUCUCGGGUUUAUCAAGAUCAAUGGAUAUGUUAAUCGGAGGUAGAGUUAUUCAAGGUAUUGGUGGUGGUUGUGUUCAAUCUAUGGUUAUUGUCAUUCUUACCGAAUCAGUUCCAAUCUCAAGAAGAUCUCUUUCAUUCAUCUUAUUAGGAGUAACAUUCUCAGCUGCUUCUGUGUUAGGUCCAUUCAUUGGUGGUGCCUUUGCUACUAAAGUCAGUUGGAGAUGGUGUUUCUAUAUCAAUUUACCAAUUGGUGGUUUAGCUUUAACUUUAUUAUUCUUUGGUUUCAAUCCUCCAAAACCAACCGGUAACUUACGUCAAAAAUUAACUAAAAUCGAUUAUACCGGUACAUUUUUAAUGACAGUUGGUUUAGUGUUACUUUUAUUAGGUUUAACCUUUGGUGGUGUUGAUUUCCCUUGGAAAUCAGCUGCUGUUAUAUGUUGUUUUAUUAUUGGUGGUGUAACGUUAAUUGCCUUCUGUUACUACAACUUUAAACUUUCUAAAAAUCCAAUCAUCAUUUAUAAAAUCGUUUCUAAUGGUAAGAUUUUAGCCGCUGUUCUUUGUGGUACAUUUACAUUUUCUUACUUUAUGGCAAAUAUUAUGUAUUUGGCUAUUUAUUUCCAAGUUAUCUUUAAUGCUACUGCUUGGAGAUCAGGGGUUGAUUUAAUCCCCUUAGUUAUUUCUGUUGCUUUAUCAUCAGUUACAAAUGGUAUGUUUAUUAGAUUAACUAGAAGAGUCAAAAUAACUAUGAUUAUAUCUGGUAUAUUAUCUCCACUUAGUUGUUCUUUAUUAUUAUUAUUAGGUAAGAAUUCAUCAGUUGGUUUAAGAGUUGGUUUAUUGAUUCUUAAUGGUAUUUCAAUUGGUUUACAAUUCCAAAGUUCAAUGUUAUCAAGUCAAUUAGAAGCUCCAAAGGAUGUUGAAGGGUCAAUUAUUUUAACUACUAUUUUCUUAAAUUUCGUUAGAUCAUCAGGAGCUGCUAUUUCAGUUACUAUUGCUCAAUUAAUCUUUAGAACUAGUGGAUCUCGUUAUAUUAAUGAAUUAUUGGCUCAAUUAGAUACUAGUUCAUCUGAUUUCCAAGCUUUAAGUUCAAUUAAUCCAGGUGAUUUAUUAUCAUCUCCAAGUCUUAUUAACGAAUUACCUAAUUCUGUCAGAGAAUUAGUAUUGGAUGCAUUCAUGAAAGCUAUUAAGAAUGUAUUCUAUUUAGGUAUUGCUUGUGGUGCUUGUAGUUUAAUUGCAGCUAUUUUCACUACCAACAAAAUGAUUCCAAAACAUGACGAUAUUAAAGAUAAUAAAAAAGAUAUAAAAGCAGUAGAAGAAGAAGAAGAAGAAGAUGCUGAAGUGGUUUCUGAUGAUCUUGAUGAAAAAGUUCAAAACCAUGCCUCCAAUGAUGAAAACAUUGAAGUUCAAAAAUAA